AGCCUGACUUCAAGGCCGAAGUUGCGUCAAAUGGCGGCAUAACCUGUAAAAAAAAUCCAAACAAAAAGAAACACCACAAAAAAUACUUGAGCUAAGUUUUUGUGUUUUUAUAUUGUUUUUUUCGUAAAUUAAACCAAACUUUGAGUGAAUUUUCCCCAAGAUGGAUUUCCUGGAAUAUUCGGACAUCUCUGCCGAAGUCAAAGGCUGCAUGACCGGCGGUAAACUCAAAAUGACCGACCAAAACAUCAUUUUCAAAAACUCGAAGACGGGCAAAGUCGAGUCAAUUUCGGCGUCCGAUUUCGAGGCAGUCAAUUUCCAGAACUUUGCCGGUUCGUUGGGGAUCCGCGUGUUCCUCAAGAACGGCACUUUGCACCGAUUUGUCGGGUUUAAGGACGCGGAAAAGGAACGUAUCGCCAAAUUCUUCUCGAACACUUACAAAAUCGACAUGCUGGAGAAGGAGUUGAGUCUCAAGGGCUGGAACUGGGGCACAGCCAAGUUCAACGGCUCGGUUUUGAGCUUCGAGGUGGGACAUAACAGCGCUUUCGAGAUUCCGCUCAAUCAUGUGUCUCAAUGUACGGCGGGGAAGAAUGAAAUCACGAUGGAGUUUCAUCAGAAUGAUGACGCCCCUGUAAGCCUCAUGGAAAUGCGAUUUUUCAUUCCUUCAAACGAAUUAGCCGGAGACGUGGACCCAGUUGAAGCCUUCCAAAAACAAGUCAUGAAGAAGGCUUCGGUUAUCAGUGUCUCAGGCGACGCUAUUGCGAUAUUUCGGGAGAUUCAGUGUCUCACACCACGUGGUCGUUACGAUAUUAAAAUUUUCCAAACGUUUUUCCAAUUGCAUGGAAAAACAUUCGAUUAUAAAAUCCCAAUGUCGACAGUCUUGCGUUUGUUUCUCCUUCCACACAAAGACAACCGGCAGAUGUUUUUCGUAGUGAGUCUUGAUCCACCCAUCAAACAGGGCCAAACCAGGUAUCAUUUUUUGGUCUUGUUAUUUGGUCAAGAAGAGGAGACUUCGAUCGAAUUACCCUUUACCGAUGAGGAACUCAAGGACAAGUAUGAGGGCAAGCUGGAUAAGGAGUUAUCAGGCCCCACUUACGAGGUCUUAGGCAAAGUCAUGAAGGUUAUAAUUAAUCGAAAACUGACCGGCCCGGGGGGCUUUGUCGGGCAUUCAGGGACCCCAGCUAUCGGCUGUUCGUUCAAGGCAGCCGCUGGUUACUUGUACCCCCUUGAACGGGGCUUCAUGUACGUCCACAAGCCCCCAAUUCACAUUCGUUUCGAGGAAGUGGCUUCUGUGAAUUUCGCCCGAGGUGGGGGAAGUACCCGUUCGUUUGAUUUCGAAAUUGAGCUCAAAUCCGGGACUGUCCACACCUUUAGCAGCAUUGAGAAGGAAGAAUACAACAAAUUGUUUGAUUUCAUUACCACCAAGAAACUGAAUAUCAAAAAUCGGGGCAAAAACGAUAAAGGGGGCUAUAAUGACGAUUUUGGCGAUUCGGAUAAUGAGGCGGCCCCUGAUGCCUACUUGGAGAGGGUUAAGGCCGAGGCACAAGAACGUGAUGAAGAUGAUGACGAUGGUCCAAGUGAAGAUGAGAGUACUGAUGAAGAUUUCAAGCCAACUCAGGAUGAGAGUGACGUUGCUGAAGAGUUUGAUUCAAGUCCGAGCUCAACGUCGUCCGAAGACGAAGAGAAAGGUUCCGGUGAUGAACAUAAGAAGAAGCACAAAAAAGAGAAGAAGGAGAAGAAAGAAAAGAAGAAACCGGCUAAGACAGUGUCGGAGAAACCGCGCCAAAAGCGGGCCAAGAAAUCAAAGGACGAAAAUAAACCGAAAAGACCAUCGACGGCGUUCAUGCUAUGGUUAAAUGAGAUGAGGGAUAAAAUCAAGGCAGAUAAUCCCGGGAUUAAAAUCACCGAAAUUGCAAAGAAAGGUGGAGAGAUGUGGAAGGAAUUGAAGGAUAAGUCUGAGUGGGAGGGGAAAGCGGCCAAAGCCAAAGAGGAGUACAACAAGGCCAUGAAGGAGUAUGAAGCUUCAGGGGGUUCAAAAUCGGAAGAUAAAAAGUCAAGUGAGAAAAAAGCACCAGCAAAGAAGAAAACCUCUUCUAUGCCUUCCGUCAAACCCAGUCAAGUCAAAAGUCGGGAAUUUAUCGAAGACGACGACUCGAGUAGCGACAGUGAUGAUGAUAAAGGCAAGAAAAGGAAGGGUUCCGAUAGCGAACGCGGAAAACCCAAAGACAAGAAAAAGAAGAAUAAAUCCGAAAGCGAGGAGAGCACACCCGCGUCAAGUGACGCCAAUUCCGAUAGCGAUUAAGUUUCUAUUUAAUAAAUAUGUUUAACAAA